AUGAACUCUUUCCGCUUCGCGCGCGCGGCUCUCCGGGCCCGCCCUGCUGCCAUUCGCGCCCCCCUCCAGCGCAGAACCUACGCAGAUGCCGUCCCGGACAAGGCAAGCACUACUCUCCCUGGCCUCCGAACUCCCGCUGACGAUUCGCAGAUCAAGCUGAGCUUGUCGCUCCCUCACCAGGCCAUCUACAAGUCCCAGGAUGUCGUUCAGGUCAACAUCCCCGCCGAGUCCGGCGAUAUGGGUGUCCUCGCCAACCACGUUCCCUCCAUUGAGCAGCUGAAGUCCGGCCUGGUCGAGGUUAUCGAGGAGAGCGGCCCCAACAAGCAGUUUUUCCUGUCUGGCGGUUUCGCCGUUGUUCAGCCCAACUCUGUCCUCAGCAUCAACGCCACCGAGGGAUACCCCAUCGAGGACUUCAGCGCCGAGACCGUCAAGUCCUUGAUCGCCGAGGCCCAGAAGGUUGCCUCCGGCAGCGGAAGCGAGCAGGAUGUUGCCGAGGCCAAGGUUGAGCUGGAGGUUCUUGAGAGCCUGCAGGCCGUCCUGAAAUAG